UCCUCUAAAUUUCUCCUUAAAAUUUUUUAUUUACAAUUCUGACCCUCUAAAACCCUAAACCUUCUUCCUUCCUUGUUCUUAUUCAGAGAUGUUGAUGUCCAGGGCUUUGUCACGCGUUUCCAAGAGCGUAGGUGCACGCUCCUUGCUUCUCUCUGCCUCAAAGGAGCUUCAACCGCCGGGCUUUUCCACUCAGUUUCACUCUCUCGUGCGUGAAUCUCAGAAUAAGUUGGUGAUAAGUGAUGUGUCUCUGCUGCAUCGUUCAAACAUCAAUUUCUCUGCAUUUCAACGAUUUGGGGUCUCUUUGUUUUCCUCCCCUGAGCCUUCAGAAAAGGAACAUGGGAGUGCUGUAGAAAAUAAUGGUCAAGAGCCUACAAAACCAAGUGGUGAUACGAAUCUUGGAGAGGCUGAAGUUACCGAUCAAGCAAAAGAGUCAGGCUUUAACUCAGAAUCCCAAAAUACAAUGCCUCAAUCUGAUAAGAGAAGGAAAACAGCCACUAAACAAACUGCAUUUUCUGAUUCAGAUUCUGAUAGUGAUGGUGACCUAUCAAUGGCUGAUAUGGUCAAACUUGUGGAGGAGAAAGAAGGACUCUUUAAGGCAAAGGAGAAGGAGAUUGAACAAAUGCAGGACAAAGUGGUGCGCACUCUUGCAGAAAUGGAGAAUGUUAUGGCCAGAACAAGACGUGAAGCUGAGAACUCGAAAAAAUUUGCCAUACAGAAUUUUGCUAAGGGCUUACUAGAUGUUGCAGACAAUUUAGGAAGGGCUUCUACACAUGUUAAAGGAAGUUUCUCUAAGAUCGACGAAUCCAAAGACACUGUUGGAGCUGUGCCACUCCUAAAGACACUCCUAGAAGGAGUUGAAAUGACUGAGAAACAGCUUGGACAGGUAUUUGGAAAGUUUGGAGUGCAAAAAUUCGAUCCCACAAAUGAACCGUUUGAUCCACAUAGGCACAACGCAGUUUUCCAAGUACCAGAGAAUUCUAAGCCUCCUGGCACAGUUGCUCAUGUUUUGAAGUCUGGAUACAUGCUCUAUGAUCGAGUUAUUCGUGCAGCUGAGGUUGGUGUUACUCAAGCACUGGAUAACGAUGCAGCUGAGAAUAACACAAGUGACAAAGGCUCCGAUGCUUGAUGGACUAGGUAGAGUUGCUGUGGCAAAUUUUCAAAAACUUUGCCUGUGUCAUAAGAAUUAUAUACAUAUGAGGUUUCAUGUUAAAAAAUUUUCUCUAUCUAUAUUUUUGGCCUUCAAUUUCGUGUCUUAUUACUUCUCAUAAAAGGGGAGCCUUGAUUGCUGCCAUUUGACUCGAAGGUAACGGAUUCGGGUCACGGAAACAGCCUCUUGUGAAAAUGCAAGGCAAGGCUGUCUACACUAAACGCAGUGGUCCGACCCUUCCCCAAACCCCGCAUAUAGCAGGAGCUUUAUGCAUCGGGUUGCCUUUUAUGAGGCUAUUUGAGGAUGGUUGGUAACAUGUGUACCCCCAAGAGGAAGCAA